AUGAGCUCGAACCUUUCUCAGUCGGGCGUUCAACAAGGACAGAGCACCGCUUCUACUUCCCCUCAGCCCGCCGCAUCUGCCCCCCUGGCUGCGACUGCUUCGGCACCAGUCAGAUCCUACGCCAACGCUACGAAGAAGUCCGCGACGGACUCCUCCACUGCUCCCGUCACCGUGGGUGGCUCGGCGCAACAUGGGAAGUCGACUUCCAUCUCUCCAGUGAACGGCAAACCCAUGCAAAACCAAUCUUCCCAGCAGGCCGCCUCUCCGGGUGUGACCAUCGUCAAUGGCGCCCCGACUGCUCCUGCUGCUUCACAGGGUGAUCACUCCCGUAAGCCUUCUGUGACUAUCACCUCGGCUGGCACUUCUGGAUACAUGCCCAACGGAGGCCCUGCGAACCGUCCCAACAGUCUUCAGUUUGGUUUCGCCAAUCAACAGAGCUCCCCUAACAUGGGCAAUCCUGCUGUUCUGGCUUCCAACCAGUCUCAGUCUGGCCUGGGUGCCCCUUCUCCCAACCCACGUGUGACCUCUCCCCAAACUUCGCCUUCUCCCAUCCCACAGCCCGCUUCAAGCGGUGGUCGUCCUCCACCAUCGACUUACCAGGCACAAGGAAACGUUCCUAACUUUGGAAGCUUCGGCGAGACUGGAGAUAACAACGCUCCUCUUGGCCCCGGUCAGCAGCAACACUUGCGUCGUGAAUCCUCCCAGUCCACCCAUAGCGAUAUGAGCAACCACAUGGGCAAUGGUCCUGGUCGUGGUGGUUACCCUCACCAGGGUGGCCGUGGUCGCGGAUACUCUCAGAGCGGUAGUUACCAGGGUCAAAUGCCCUACUCGCCGGGCACUAACUUCCGUCAGACUCCCAACCAGCCUCGAGGUGGCCCUAACAUGGGUCCUCAGUUCCACGGCCCUAACCAGGGUCGUCCUCUGGCCGCACCUUUCCCUAACUCACCACACCAAGCAAACCGUAGCCCAGCUCUGGCUAGCGCCCACCCGACCACUCCUCAGAUGAACCCGGUUCCAAUGGCCCAUCCUUCGAUGCCUCCCCAGCCCUAUGGAUAUGGACAACAUAUGGGCCCCCAAACUGUGAGAUACCCAUCCUCUGCACAUCACUCCUCUCAAACUAUGAAGCCCGCCCGACGUGGCUUUCAUAAUAACAGCAGGCCUGGCUAUCAUAAUAAACCAAGAGGGAUGAAGCGAGAGCCUUUGCUACCUUUUCCCAUCCCAAAGAAUGGCGCUCCCCCAAAUUACGGCGCUCCCCUUCCCCAUCACAUGCAUAUCCCAAACAGCGUGUCAUUCCCAAAUCACCUGGAUCUUGCGCCAGAGAGUGGCCAAUUUGAACAAUAUCUAACAAUGGUCAAAAACCCACAGGGCUACGCUCCGUACGAUCCCAGCUAUGCUUACUACCAACCCCCUUAUGGUAUGCAAGGAAUACAAUACAUCACUCCUCCGUCGCCGCAACCCCGUCCUGGAAUGCCAUACAACCCUCAGGCUGCUGGCUACAUGCAGGGUCAAUACCCUGUUCAGCCUCCACCACAGUCCACCCCUCUUUCUCGCACAUCUUCUCAAGUCUCUACUGACCGUCCAGGCUCGAGCCUCGGCCAAGGCCCUGCCCCCACUGGUGCUCCAGCUCCAGGUCACAUCCACUCUGGCAGCCGGUCCUCUAACAGCCCCGCGCCUGCCAAGUCCACCUUCGUCAUCCCCACCAAGAAGAGCGCUAUUGUCAUCAAGGACCCCGGUAGCGGUGUUGUGAAGCACUUCUCCCCCGCCUCUCCCGCCCGCGCCACCCCCUCUCCCGUCAAGAUCGCGACUCCCACAUCUACCCCUCCUCCACGAACCGCCAGCGCCAGCGACCACUCCCGCACUGACAGCAAGGCCGCUACCGCCAAGACUGACGAGGAAAAGAAGCAGGAGUUGAAGGAAGCUGUUCGUCAGAAGAUUCAGGAAGAUGAGGCUGCUCAAAAGCUGGCUGCCGAGGAGGCUGCUCGCAAGACUGCUGAGGAUGCUAAGAAGAAGGAUGCCGAAGCUGAAGCUGCUGCUGCUGCUGCCAAGGAUGCGGAGGAGAAGGCUACCGCAGCCGCCGCCGCCGCCGCUGAAGCUGCUGCUGCUGCUCCUGCUCCUGCUGUUGAGGAACCCAAGAAGGAAUCUGCUCCCGCCCCUCCUGCGGAUGAUGAUGAGAUCGACUAUGAGGCUAUUGAGCGUGAGUUUGCCGAGAUUGAGGCUCAGGAACGCGCUGCCGAGGAAGAUUACAACCGCAAGAAGCAGGAGAAGAAGGAGGCUGAGGAGCGCAAGGCUCGCGAAGAACGUGAGUCUUACGAGGCCAACAUGAAGAAGGCCGAGCAAGAGGCUGAAGAGCGUGAGCUUGCUCGUGAGGCUGCCCGCGCCAAGGGUGAAGUUACCAACGAGGAUGAGUCCAGCCGUAAGGAACGUGAAGAUCUCUUUGCUUCUCUCAAGAAGGGUGGCUUGAAUGCCACCGAGGCUUCUACCCCUGCUGCUAGCGGCGCCGCUACACCUGUGUCUUCUGACUUGUCUAUGGGUCCACCUGCUAAGCCUGCUAGUGCUAUCUCCAAGAAGCCCGCUGGCUUGAAGCUGGAUACUGUCAAGUCUACCGAGCCCGAGAAGCCCAGCGCUGCCAUGAAGUCGCUGCAGAAUGCCAAGUUCCUUGAGGAUAUUGCCAAGGUCAUCUAUCCUUCCUCUGUCACUGCUCCUAACGCUGCUCUGAACGCCGGUACUACUGGUCGUCAGUUCCACUAUGACCUUCAGUUCUUGCUCCAAUUCCAGGCCGUUUUCAAGGAUAAGCCUUCCAUCGACUGGGACAGUCGUAUCCGCGCCACCCUGGGUGACCCAGAGUCGCGAGCUGGAACCCCUCGUGUCAUGAGCAGCGCAGGCCGAUCUAACUCUCGCAAUACCAGCCACCAAGGCUAUGAGGGUAUGGCCAUGGGCAGUAUUGGCGGUGGUGCUAACAACCGCAGCAGCAUGCCUGGCGGUAUGGGUGGUCGUGGUAGUGCAGGAGGCUUCACAUUGCACCCUAUCCGCGGUCCCAUGGGUGUUCCCUUGAUUCGUGGCAGCAACAUGAACCCCAUGGGUUCUCCUAUUCGGGGUAGCUCCAAGAGCGGUAGCCGUAAUGAUGGCGGCAGCAGACGUGGUGGUGGUAAGAGUGGUGGUGGUGGCCGAAAGGACGGUCAGAGCGAUGCUGCCAUGCCACUCACUGCUGGCAUGAAGCUUGACGCUCUUCAGGUCUCUUCCACUGGUUGGAAGCCCCGCAGCGUUGGCCAGCCUGCUGCUGCUGGUCCCGCUCCUGGAGGUGAGGGACUUUUGGCUCCCGAUGUUGUGCAGCGUAAGGUCAAGGCCGCUCUCAACAAGAUGACUCCUGAGAAGUUCGACCGUAUCUCUGAGCAGAUCCUGGACAUUGCUUCACAGUCCAAGGAUGAAUCAGAUGGCCGCACUCUCCGACAAGUCAUUCAGCUCACAUUCGAGAAGGCUACUGAUGAGGCUCACUGGGCUCCUAUGUACGCCAAGUUCUGCAAGGCCAUGCUGGAGAGCAUGAGCGCUGAGAUUAAGGAUGAGAACAUUCGUGACAAGAAUGGCAAUGUUGUUGCUGGUGGUAACUUGUUCCGCAAGUACCUGCUCAACCGUUGUCAGGAGGAGUUCGAGCGUGGUUGGAAGGUUAACCUUCCUGAGAAGCCCGAUGGUACCACUGAAGAGGCUCAGCUUAUGAGUGACGAAUACUAUGUCGCUGCUGCUGCCAAGCGUCGUGGUCUUGGUCUUGUCAAGUUUAUUGGUGAGCUUUACAAGCUGGGCAUGUUGACUGAGCGUAUUAUGCACGAGUGUGUUAAGAAGCUCGUCGAUUACGAGGGUAUGCCUGAUGAGGCUGAGGUCGAGAGUUUGACCAGCCUGCUGCGCACCAUUGGUGCCAGCCUGGAUGCAUCUGAGAAGGGUCCUGCUAUGAUGGAUGCCUACUUUGCUCGUAUCACCAUGAUGAUGGAGACUCCCGACCUGCCCAGUCGUUUGCGCUUCAUGUUGCUGGAUAUCAUUGAUCUGCGUUCUAAGCGCUGGCACUCUAAGGAUGCUGACAAGGGCCCCAAGACCAUUCAGCAAAUCCGUGAGGAGGCUGCUCGUGCUCAACAAGAAGCUGAGAUGGAGAAGGCUCGUCAACAAGCUAACCGUGGCGGUGGUGGUGGUCGUCCCCCCAUGGGCCGUGGCGAUGCUCGUAGCGGUGGUUACGGUGGCUACGGAAACCAGGCCCCUCCUCCCGAUUACGCCUCCAGCAAGGUCGGCACUGACGACCUGCGUCGUCUGCGCACCACUCGCAGCACCAACCAACCCAUGUCAUUCGGUCCCUCCAGCCUUCUUGGUUCCCGGAGCAGCAGUGGCCGUAAGAACCUGGGCCCCGGUGGCAGCUUGGUUCGUGGCAGUGAUGAUAGCGCUGCUAGCAGCCGUACUGGUACUCCUCCUGCCGGUAAGAAGGAGGACAAGGAGGCCGCCUCGUCGAUCAAUGCUUUCAGUGCUCUCGCUGCUUUGGAAGACAAGGACAACAUGGCCACUUCUCCCCCAUCUACACACACCUCCCCGGUUCUCACUAAGUCGCAGCCCGCGAUUUCUGAGCGCCGACCCUCAAAAACCCCAUCUAAGGAUGGCGAGAACGCAGCAUAG